UGUUGCGCGGAGAGCGCGCUUUGUUGUGCUUCGUGCGUGCGUUUCUCAUUUCGCCGUUCUUUCUGUUUCAGAUUGAAGAUGCGAUGCUGAUGUUUGACAAGCAAACCAACAGGCACCGAGGGUUCGGUUUCGUAACCUUCCAGUGCGAAGAUGUCGUGGAUAAAGUGUGCGAAAUUCACUUUCACGAAAUCAACAAUAAAAUGGUCGAGUGCAAGAAAGCCCAGCCCAAGGAGGUGAUGCUGCCUGCCAACCUGGCGAAGACGCGCGCCGCGGGGCGCGGUGCCUAUGAUUUCAUGUGGUCUCUGGGAGCUUUGCCUGAGGGUUUCCCAGCAGCUGCAUACGCCGCCUACGCGGCUGGCAGGGGUUACUCCGGUUAUCCUGGCUUCGGGCUGCCCUAUCCGACAGUUGACCUCACCAAUGGCCAGCUUACCCCCAACAACAACACUCCGCUUCUUACGCAGGCUCUUUCAGGGUCCAUUGAUUCCCGCUGCUUUCACCAAUGGGUACCACUGAGCAGCGUCACUAUUAGGUGCGGAGAUAAAGGUGGUGGAGGCUUUUGGCGUCCGGCGCGGGCGAAUGGUAGCAAGAGGAGCAACGACGGCAAUCCAAGUAGAGGUCCCGAGGGAUCUCAUGCUCGCUCGAUGAACAAGUCUCGAUGAUUUUUACGAAUCAUCUUCAAAUGUGCCCCGCCUGCCAUCGCCAACGCAACUCUCUUGUGAUUCUUUCUUUAAUUUCCCACCAAAUAUUCAAUUGAAUAUGUGAAAGUUUAUUGUGUACGUGUGUAAAUAUAUAUGUUGUAUACAUAUAUAAUUAAAUAAUUGUGAACUUUGUUAUAAGUCCUUUGUCAGAAAAGGGAUGAAGAGGAUGAAGUUUAUAUUAAGCUAUACAGUUGUUUAACCUUACACGUAUCCUUGUGAUUUUCCUUUUCUUCUCGUUUUUGAAUGGACAAUUAUUAGAUUUUAACUUUUUGAUUUUUGUCUCCAAGUUCUUAAAAUAAGUGUUUAGUGGAGAGAUGUUCAUAUCUUCAGCUGAGGUAUUUUUCUCAUAACUUGAUCCCUGUACCGAAAUGUAUACUUUUUACCCUCCGUAAUGCAUGUUAUCUAGCCUCUGGUAUGCGGAGGUUUUUUUCAAUUUGUUCAGUAUCUGCUCUGUGUGUCUUGCUGGCAUCUUCUCCAGCUAUGUUUUUAACUAUCAUCAUUGUAGUUGUACAGAUAUAUUAGAUAAGUAAGUAAAUGAACGCAGUUAACAUAUACACCAGCACUGCUCUAAGCGCAGUGCGCAAUGAUUGUAUAUCUUUCUGGCGUCAGUGACGUCCUUAUUUACACUUGCAAUUUAUUGUUGUAAAGAUCAUGAAAUGUUGAAAGUGCUGGCAAAUCACAGUAUAAUUUAAUACUUUCGUUGUCAGCGUGUAGAGGCAAUUUUUGUCUCUCAGUCCUAGGUCAGUAUCCUCCCCCACCUCCUUGCCUCUUUCGGCGUCUUGUACGUUUUUCUUAUUCAAAUUUGCUUGUUAUGAUUUGUUUUUAUCUUUGUGCCAAGAAGCCAUCGCGUGCUAAGGUGUUGGCAUGUAUAGACCCGGAUGUUGUUAAGAGGAGGCAGUUGUCAGGGAAGCUAGGGUCUUUUGUUUCGUAAUUGUUUUAGUUAGUUUUAAGUUUUAUGACAUAUUUAUGAUGAACUAAAUGUUAUAUUACAGGGUAAACGAAUUAAAAGAUUCCUUACUAAUUAUUUAUGUAUAAACAGUUUACUUGUUAAUCAAUCUCCUAAUGGACCAAACAGACAAGAACAAAACCGAGAUUUUUUUGUCGCAUUGAAUUCCUGUUCGAAUGUAACUAAAGAGAGGAUUCUUUUCGUCUUUUAUUUGUUCUUAUUUAGUAACAAGGGAGUAUUACCUGGUACUUCACAAUUUGUUUGACUUCGAUGUACUCCAAAAUUAUAUUUCUUAAUUUUCUCGGAUCGGUAUUACGUGCAUUGUAAGGAGGAGCUUAAAAGGGUGCGAUUUCUUUGAAAAAAUAAGAAAUUUAUCUGUACCUACAAACACAUGCCUAUAUUUUCAUUAAUUUCCGCAUUUGUACAUAUUUGAUCAUAUUGAUGUUUCGCGCUUAACUCCCACCUCCCCACAACUUAAGAAUGUGUUAGUUUCCCAUGCUUUACUUGCUAGUGUUAGUAUAUAAAUACAUAGGAUUAGAUCUACUGUUAAUCUUGUGAAACUAUACACUAGAUUAUAUUCACGUUUCCUUGUUAAAUAUGAGACAAUGAGCUACAAAACGUUAUGAUGCAAUGUGAUUUGCUUGUUUCUAUUUCUUAGUUAUGUUCUAGAUUUUAAAAGUUUUGUUUCAUGAAUGUCGUUUAAAGCAUUUGUGCUGUUAUUCACGCAAUGCCUUUAGUGCCGAAAUUUUGUAAAAAAAGUUUUCGGUUACUGUUACGUUACUUCAGAGGUCGAAGCUCACGGCGCAUACCUUUAGCAUUGAAUCUUAUGAUUGCAAAUACCAAAUAUUAUAAAUAUCUGGUCCUUAUGUAGGCAUGUUCAUUUGUAAUUCGUGGAGGGACACGUUGAAUUCGUCACAUUCUGUAUUCCCGCUAACAAUCAAACAAUAUUUAUUUUGUAAGCAGUAAGGAGUACAUAAAGCUUAAGUUUUCGUUCCCACUGUACUUCGUUGCGUCGCUCGUUUAUUCCACAUUCUGUGGCAGCUUCCAUGGAUGCGCCCCAUUUUCAAAGACAACCUCAUCCCAAAAGUACUUUACUUCGGUUGGAAAAAUAUUGUGUCGGUGGACGGAACAUGCAAGUCCUAUUAAAGCCAAAUCAAUGACUAAAGUUACUGUGAAUUGUUUUAAGUCUCACACUCUGCCUGUUGAGUGCUCGCAUUCCCAACGUCUAUUAUGUUACAGACGAUCCUUGGUUUUUGUUUGAGGGAAGUUCUUCGAUUGCCGUUGGUCUAAUCGAGUGGAUUUUCUCGUCGCUGUAACGCACCAGUGAUUUCCGUAGCUGUAGAAUAUACCUUAAAGCGUUUGUACAGCGACGGCACUCUAAUUGGUAUGAUCUGGGCUCGAAUUCACGCCGAUCAUGUGAUAGAAAGCAAAGUCAUGAACUGACAAUGUGUUCUCUAGUGCGACCAGCAGGAUAGACGUAGAGGCGUGUCUAGAUCAGUCGGUAGAUAUUGUAAUUUAAUUUAUUAUUUGUUAUAUAUUUAUCGUGAGUGGCUCCUGGGCAGAAAGGUGGACGAACUCAGAGGUCCUCUUUUCUGUUUAUGGAGUUGUUUUAUACCUUCCAUCAACCAAAAAGUCAAUGUAGAAUUUUGUUUUUAGUUUCCUUUUUCGUUUAUAUUAUUGUUGUCACAUAAGCGGCGAUAAAAUCUCAUUAUGAGCGCUUAGGCGUGCUAACGAUAUCUUAUAGUUUAUCGUCUGAAUCGAUUUUUAUCUUUAGUUUUCGACGAAUCUGCUGUGGGAAGAACGAUUGUCAUUUCCAGCAUAAUGUGUAACGAGCUGCGUUUGACGCAUUAAUUCUAUUUCCAACCAAUGUUUCUUCCCUCUGGGUUCAUCUCCCAUUUUUAUUAUUCAAAGAAAGACUGUUUUUGAGAAUUUAGGCAGUAACUCGUCAGAAAUAGUAUAGGAGGGAUCUGAAAGUAGAGUUGAGGUGAAGAAGAUUUCAUUGGAACCAAGUGAUAUAGUGUGUAUUUGGGGCAUCCGUGUUUUUCUUGUGUUGUUUUAUGUUUUCAUUAACAUUUUUCAUUUAAUUAGCUAUAGUCACUAUAGAGGAACCUUUGAAAGCAAUACACAUCUAAAUUUUAAUUGCUAAUGCCUACUGUACUCUAAAUAUAUGCUGUAUUUUGAUACCAUAAAUUUCUUUUUUAUUGACUAUUCUAUCGUGCGUGAGUGAGGCAACAAAAUGUGUGGAUAUUUCCCCAGCCAUGCUAUGUGACGUUAUUUUGUUAAAUGCCCUACUGGAACUGCUUGAUAUGAUGUUAUUUCAAUUUUAGUUUCUAUGAGUCGGUCCCAAGAAGCACCUCUUUUGUAUAAAUUUAUUCCAAGUAGAAUUUUUGAAGAUAAUCGCCGCGUUCUUUUGCUUAUUGCAGUAACAGAUGAUGGGGGAAGAUGUUUUGUACAUAAAACCAACAUGACUGCGUGUGUGAAAGAACGAUAGUGCGUAGAUCUUUAAGGAUCUUAACUUUGACUUUAUAGUGGCACGGCAGCUGCCACACGGUGGAACUUAAGCAAUAAUCACUACUACUUAAGGCUAUUUUAUGUGUAUAAAAGUGCGAUUGUGUUAACUUUUAUUUCUCGUUUUGAUAUUUUAGUAUAGUUAAUAUCCGUACCCCAUCAUCUGCCUGGUUUUCGUCAUAUGUUUGGAUGUUUUUGUUUCGUUUUGGUUUCUUUGCAAACCACUAGUGAAAAUUUGUUGAGAUUUUUAACCUUUUGGUUUAAAUCCGUCCUAUGUGGGUCGCUCCAGCGUGUUAUGUAGAUGUUUUUUUAAUGUCACUUUCGACGUCUUUGUUUCAUAUUACUGGUGCGUCAUGGGGCUCGGCUCGUCACAAUAGCGUAGCAAACAGAACUGUAAAUAUUCAAGCGACUAUCACACACUUGACUGUUGCCACACACUCAAGAAAAACGUACGUGGUUUGUCCCCCACGAGGGGCAUGUCUUCCUCCGUAGGCAUGCAGUAACACAAGCAAAAAUUUUAGAAAAUUGAAAAAAAAAGUCAUGAAAUUUUUGUGUUGACUAUGAAUUAUCUUGUUUAUCUAAACUGUGUUUGUUAUUGUGGUUCAUAUAAUGUUUACAAUAUUAUGAUAAUUGUGUAUAGGUAAUCAUUAUUAUACUGUAUAUGUUAGUAGCGCGCAAGGCGUGCCUACAGCUGUGAAUGCGAGUUGAUUGCUUUAAGGAUGCGUUGUUUUGCCGUUGAUAUAUGGAUAUGUUGGGCGCUUUAAAUAUAGCACUCUCAUCGUCUUGUUCAAGAUCAUGUUCUGUUUUCUGUUACUGUAGUUUGCCCUUUAGUUUUCCGUGUUAAUAUCUCUGGAAAAUUUGUAAUUCAUAAGUCACUCACUUUUGUGCUUUUCUCGUGGUUUUGCCCCCCACUGGGGUGAUUGACUCUUAAGAUUUUACUAUUCUGUUGGUGAUCAAGUUGGAUUAUAAUUAUCUUUGCUGUUUGAAAUAAAACUGAACUUUGCCGUGUAAAAUACUGAGCCUCCUUUUGUUUCAUUUGAUAAAUGCAGAGCUCAGAUCUGUGUUCCUUGUAUCAGAUGCUUAGGAAAACACAGAAUAUCAAUUGUCAUUAAUCACUAUCGUAUAUGAUACGUGGCUCUUAUUGUGAUCGUAGUUGCAGAUAUCUGUACAAGUACAAGAACAUCGCUCAUUUGAGCGUAGUAAGAAUAUUAUGUAAGAAUAAGAAGGUGUAUCGCGAGCAAAUAAUGGGAAGGUGAUCUGUGCCUUCCAUGAACUAAAGACGCGAACGACAUUUGAUGUUGACUGUGUAAGCUGCUUGGAACUGUUAGAAUCAAUGCAGUAUUUUGAGAAUUAUCGUGAGUGCUUGUUGAGCACGCAAGCCUUAGUGAGAACGUCCCUUUGACAUCUUCCAUCAGUUCUCGGGUUCUCGCGUUUUUAUUACCCAAGGAGUAAAUACUUAAUGGUACAUACACUUUCCAUUGCGAGGGUACAUCGGGUGCCUUUCCUCAAAUCCACAAUAAAACAAUCGUACCUUUCGGAAAUUUGUGUUACUUAAAGAUAAAAAGGUUAUUUGUGCUGUUUUAUUUUAUACUAUAAUCUUUAUAACACCAUUUAUUGUAUAAUAGGCCUACUGUUUGUAUUGUGUAUAAAUGUGACACUCCGAUAUAAAAACUCACUUCGGUUUGUGGUGAUCGCCUGUUUAGUUAAUGGGAUUUUAAGAAGCUCACUGUGAUGGUGCCUCGAGAAAUCAACCCACGAGAAUGGCCAGAUGUCAUCUAAGCACAUCAAAUGGGCCCACAUUUCUCUGUAUACCCUUUAUUGGCUACACAUACAGCUCGUCAGCUCAGUGACGAUAUUGUGCAAAUUCAAGUUGGGUCGACCUUGUCACUGACCAUUCUAAAUUCGGGUAGCCUCGCUGUCAAAAUAAUACGAAAAUGUUGUGUUUAGUUGACAAACAUUGUCUUGGGGUGAACGACUCCGUGCCAUCUGCGUAGUGCUCACUUUUCAGUUCCACUGAUUAUUUUUGGUUGUUUUCAGUUCCUUAGAUUCUUGAGGCCAUUUUUUUUUUAUUUAAUUACUUCAAGUACAAUAAGAACUGCGUGUCCCAAAAGCUAGACCGGUACGUUCGUAGUUUUCUUUCUUGCUUGAUAGUCAGAAUGUGACUUCGUUGAAUUUUUAUUUGAAAUUAGCUUUGGCCUCUAAUAAUUGCAACGAAGGACAUUCGGCCACGAAGCAAGAAUUUCGUCAAUUAGAAGAGCAGGCUCACAGGUUUCGGGAUCCACCGUGUAUAGCUUUUGGGACUGAACAGUACAGUCAAUUCCUAUCGUUUAUGUGCUUCAAAGUAUCUCAGUAUUCUGUACAACAGAUUAUUAAGGAAAUAAUACGCGAAACUCUGAUAUUUUUAAUUCCGAAAUUUGCCCAGUAACUGACUAUUCUUUUAAGGCAGUGCAUUAUGCGUAUCAUUAAGAAAUUGAGCGGCUGUUCCAUUAUUUAUGAACCGAUUUUUGCAAUUCAAAGCAGCUUGGACGUGGCUUCUACCUUGACCUUUUUACAGUAAGAUCCCAAUUAGAUCUUCCAUCUUCCAAGAAUUCGUUCCUUCCUUCUAGUAAUAACUUCCGGCAAACACGUUAUGGAAAUUCUUGAUAUAAACUAGUUAGUGAGCUGAUAUACAACAGAUGUCAAAUUUGAAAAUUAAAACUUGUAAGGUGUUUUUUCCCGAUAAGAGUCUUCUGUGCAGAUGCCGUGGUUAAAGUUUUAUCCGAGUGGAAAUCUUUCUUCAUGAUACAAUUAUCAUUACAUUAUUAUGAAUCUAUGUUUACCAUAAUUGUAACAAUUAUUAUUAUUAUUACUGCUGAUAAUAAUAAUAAUCUUAUGUGGUUGACUUCGGUCUUCUUCUGUACAUAUAUGUGACGAGAUGCUCUACCAAAAGAGCUUCUAUGUGUAACAAUAUUGAUAACAAUAAAAAAAUUCACUACGGACAAAGUUCAAAUACCA